AGGGACCGAACCCUCAACCUCAUGGUUCCUAGUCGGAUUCGUUAACCACUGCGCCACGACGGGAUCUCCCGGGGUCCACAUUUUGAUGGAAAUCUUUUAGUGGCGUCCCUGAGAGGACAAGACGCAAGGAGACCACCUGGCCUGUGGACAAAAAAAAAGCAAAACAAAAGACAAAAAACCAUUAAGGGCUCCAUAGACAAAAGUCCUCUUCCAGUUCUGUAAGUUUAGGGAGCUCCCUGGAAGUAGAAAUCCAUUCUUUACCUUCUCCUUCCAGUCUUCCACCCCUCGCUGUUUUUAGCCAGUUCACACCCCUUGGGCUUUAGGCCAGUUGAUGCCACCGCUCAUAGACUUCGGCCUUGUCCUCUGCUGGCCUGGUCACUGUUGCCUUCUUCCCAAGGGAUGCCCGAUCUCCUUAGGAGUCCUGUAAGGGCUCGACUUGUCUAAUCCUUUUUCCUUUGCUAUUACCUCGAAUGGAGCUGUAGGGGCAGAGGAAACAGACCUCUAGAAGUUGAGACCAUGCCUGUGGGGAGAAGGAGUUGAUAACUAAUAUACAUCCAACGUAGGCCGAGGGUUUCGUCUCAGAGCCCGGGCAUGGUCAGCUUUGCAUUUUGCUCGUUACUUUCUCCGUGGCUGAAGAAACCGACAGCUGGUUCAUCCAAUUUACCCGUUAACUGUGGCGUAGGCGCUUCCCUAAUAUUAACAGAGGGCAUGUCAGCACGAGCAUCUUAGGAUUCGGAAACUCAGGACAGGGCCUGUAUGCCUGGGUUUUCUUCACCUCUGUCCAGAGACAGGCAAUGGGCAGGGACAGCGGGAGACGAGCUCCACUGGUAGAGAGUGGUUAAUCCCAGUCGGAUUAACUGAGGUUGGAUGGGACGUUUCCCCACUAAUGCCUAGCUGCUCCGUACAAGAGAGGGGACCCCUCACAUAACCGAGAAAGGACAGUAGGUGCUGGACGCCGGUCUUGUCUGUUUUUCCGGUGGGAGCCACAUCCUGGGGGCCUGGUGCAUGGCUCAGUAGCAACUCUUCUGACAUGUGCCUUGAGAGACGGAAAAGUUUUGACUCUCGAACUCUGGGACAGAAAUGUCUUGUUUUCUUUUGCCUGAAAGCCUGGCCCCUGUAUAACCUGUUGGACGGGGAGCAAGGGCCGUCUCAGGGCUCUCUAGGUUAUAAUGCUGCUCUCCAAUUAGACCUGCUUUGUAGACGAGAAGGGAAAUGCUCAGAGGUGCCUUAUGUUCAGAUCUUCUUUGCAACAAGGGAAGACGCCGAACUGAGGAGGGCUUGUGGAUUUCCUCAGUGCGUGAUGCCAGCUCCCCCAGGACCUGGAUGCCCACCAUGUCCUGGCCCGAUUGGGUCAGACCCUCCCGAAGUUAAUCAGCCUUCUCCAGUACUGCCCACGGCUCCUCCUCUGCCUGCUCCAGUGCCAAAGUUCUAUCCCUCUUUGCUCCCCUUGCAGGAGGUAGCUAACGGAGAAUGGGGACCAAUACGGGUCCAUGUGCCUUUUUCGCUUCAGGACUUAAGGUAGAUAAAAACAGAUUUGGGGAAGUUUGCUGAUGACCCAGAUAGACGUAUUGAGGUCUUUCAGGGUCUCGCGCAGUCCUCUGAGUUAGCCUGAAAGGACGUCAUGUUAUUGCUAGACCAGACAUUGAGUAUAAGUGGAAAAAAAGUCUUAGGAGAUGCUCAGAGCUGGGGAGAUGACGGGUGUGCUGUAAAUGCCAGAGGCAGAUCAGAGGAGGAACGAAGGAGAGUCCCCAGAGGGUGUCAGGCAGUUCCUAUGAGCGAUCCUAACUGGUCUGCCGGUGAGGGAAUAAAGAAUUGGCAUAGAAAUCACUUUAUUACUUGUAUAGUUGAGGGGCUAAAAGCUACACGGGUAAAGCCUGUUCACUGCUCCAAACUGUUGGAGGUUUGUCAAGGGAAAGAGAGAACUUUCUUAGGCUCAGAGGCACUGAGAAAACAUAACACCAAUGGACCCAGAAUCAGCGGAGGGCCAGAUAAUUCUUAAAGACAAAUUUAUUUAUUUUUUGUUUUUCAAACAUUUUUUAUUAUUACUCAAUGAAUUUAUUACUUUUAUAGUUGUACAAUGAUCAUCACAAUCCAAUUUUAUAGGAUUUCCAUCCCACAACCCCAGCUCAUGCCCCCACUCUCCGAACCGUCUCCUUUGGAAACCGUAAGUUUUUCAAAGUCUGUGAGUCAGUAUCUGUUCUGCAAAGAAGUUCUUUGUGUCCUUUUUUCAGAUGCCACAUGGUAAAGACAAAUUUAUCACUCAGUCAGCACCAGAUAUACAGAGAAAGCUCCAAAAAUUGGCUCUUGGUCCUGAUCAGGACCGGCAGCACCUCCUUAGAGCAGCAACUACAUCAUAGUCGGGACCAGGAAGAAGGAAAGGAGAACCAGAGGAGGCACAGAGAAAAGCCUGAGGCUCCAGUUUGCAGCUACAGGGAGUCAGCGGGGAGCUUCCAAGGCCAGAGGACUAGGGCAGAGACCUGAGCCAGGAGCCUGUUUCCUCUGUUCCUCUGUGGAAAAGAGGACACUUUAAAUGGGAAUGCCCCCAAGCUCAGGCCACCGCACCUAGGCCUCUAGGCAUAAACCCCCCUAUUGGACAAUGGUGGUGGUGGGGGGGGCUCUUCUCCCCCCUCCCAGCAGCCCUGGAGCUAUUUGCUUUCCUGUAAUAAAGACUUUGCUUGCUUGCUGCCUGUGUGUUCCAGGAGUUCAUUCUUCAGCUGGGUGAACAAGAACCCGGAUUCCAGUAACAUCCUUCUGGCAUCGCUUCCAUGUGCCGCAGAAAGGCAGAAACACUCCAGAUGUCCUCCAAUAGUUACCAAGUUUCAAUCCCGAUGUCAAAAAGGAACACCAAUGGCCUGCCGGGGUCCAGCUCCAAUGAGCUGAAGACGUCUGCUGGGGGAGCUGUGUUAAGCUUUCAUGACAUCUGCUAUCGAGUGAAAGUGAAGAGUGGCUUUCUUUUUUGUCGGAAAACGGUUGAGAAGGAAAUACUGACGAACAUCAAUGGGAUCAUGAAACCUGGCCUCAAUGCCAUUCUGGGACCCACAGGUGGAGGCAAAUCUUCGUUGUUAGAUGUCUUAGCUGCAAGGAAAGAUCCGCAUGGAUUAUCUGGAGAUGUUUUGAUCAAUGGAGCACCUCGACCUGCCAAUUUUAAAUGUAACUCAGGUUACGUGGUACAGGAUGACGUCGUGAUGGGAACGCUGACAGUGAGAGAAAACUUACAGUUCUCGGCAGCUCUUCGGCUUCCGACCACCAUGACAAAUCAUGAAAAAAAUGAGCGGAUUAACAUGGUCAUUCAAGAGUUGGGUCUGGAUAAAGUGGCCGAUUCCAAGGUGGGAACCCAGUUUAUCCGUGGUGUGUCUGGAGGAGAAAGAAAACGGACUAGUAUUGCAAUGGAGCUUAUUACUGACCCGUCCAUCUUGUUCCUGGAUGAGCCCACGACUGGCUUAGACUCCAGCACAGCAAAUGCUGUCCUUUUGCUCCUGAAGAGGAUGUCUAAACAAGGACGGACCAUCAUCUUCUCCAUUCAUCAGCCUCGUUACUCCAUCUUUAAGUUGUUUGAUAGCCUCACCUUGUUGGCCUCAGGAAGACUCAUGUUCCAUGGACCUGCUCGGGAGGCCUUGGGAUACUUUGCCUCCAUCGGUUACAACUGUGAGCCCUACAACAACCCCGCAGACUUCUUCCUGGACGUCAUUAACGGCGACUCCUCCGCUGUGGUGUUAAGCAGAGCGGACAGAGACGAGGGAGCCCAAGAGCCCGAAGAGCCUCCCGAGAAAGAUACUCCCCUCAUAGACAAACUUGCUGCGUUUUAUACCAACUCCUCCUUCUUCAAGGACACGAAGGUUGAGUUAGAUCAGUUCUCAGGGGGUCGGAAGAAGAAGAAGAGUUCGGUGUACAAGGAGGUCACCUACACCACCUCCUUCUGUCAUCAGCUCCGAUGGAUUUCCAGGCGUUCCUUCAAAAACUUACUGGGUAAUCCCCAGGCAUCCGUAGCCCAGAUAAUUGUAACAAUCACCCUGGGCCUGGUUAUAGGUGCCUUUUUCUAUGAUCUGAAAAAUGAUCCCUCAGGAAUCCAGAACAGAGCUGGGGUGCUCUUCUUCCUGACAAUUGACCAGUGUUUCAGCAGCGUCUCGGCCGUGGAGCUCCUUGUGGUGGAGAAGAAACUCUUUAUACAUGAAUAUAUCAGUGGAUACUACAGAGUGUCAUCUUAUUUCUUCGGAAAACUGUUAUCGGAUUUACUACCCAUGAGGAUGUUACCAAGCAUUAUCUUUACUUGUAUAACGUACUUCUUGUUAGGACUGAAGCCCGCGGUGGGGUCCUUCUUCAUCAUGAUGUUUACCCUGAUGAUGGUGGCGUACUCGGCCAGUUCCAUGGCCCUGGCCAUAGCCGCCGGUCAGAGCGUGGUCUCCGUGGCAACACUUCUCAUGAUCUCGUUUGUGUUCAUGAUGAUCUUUUCGGGGCUGUUGGUGAAUCUCAAAACGGUCGUGCCUUGGCUCUCGUGGUUACAGUACUUCAGCAUUCCUCGAUACGGCUUUUCGGCUUUGCAGUAUAAUGAGUUUUUGGGACAAAACUUCUGCCCGGGACUCAACGUCACAACAAACAAUACCUGUAGCUUCGCAAUAUGUACUGGCGCCGAGUAUUUGGAAAACCAGGGCAUCAGUCUCUCCGCUUGGGGCCUGUGGCAGAAUCACGUGGCCUUGGCGUGCAUGAUGGUCAUUUUCCUGACGAUCGCCUACCUGAAACUGUUACUCCUCAAAAAAUACUCCUAAAUUCCCCUCUAGGUUACACCACUUACCCCCCAUUAAAGAGAAAGCAUUCUGGUUUCCA